CGGAACGCGAGUGACGAAGUGAAAAUAAAGAACCUUUGAAAAAGGGACGACAGUACACAUUUCUAAAUGAGCAAUCCGACAGUCUGGAUAAGAGGCUGACGGUCGGCGGCGGGUUCACCAACAUAUACAAACGUCGGCUGUGACAUGGGGCGAGGGCCCUGAGUCAAGUCGCCAGAUGCAUGUACACACACACCGCGAACCCCGGCGUCUGUGCCUCAGGCGCCACUCGCCUUCUCCCCUCACUCUCUCCCACGUAUUUCAAUCGCGUGAUCUCUCUCCUUGUGUACACAGACGGGCGUAUGUAACAGAGACAAGGGAGAAGUGCAUGCAGAGCCGAUGAGGCUUUUACCAAUACAGGGAGAGACAAAAGCUGGGCUCGCCGGGUGGGGGGACUCAGCGCCGCGCCACUCGGUUUCUAACUUUUAAAAAGUAUCAGUAAGCGUUAGCCCGUCGAGCGGUGAUGUCUGCUGCGCCUCUCGGCAUGCAGAAUUAAUUGUUUGCCUCGAGGAUCUCUCCACCUUUUGGAAAAAAAUCACAAGUCAUAGGGACAAACGAACGCCAAUUUUUCUGACGUUUAGUCCAUCGUUUUUAAUGUGAUUUUAGUUUAUAUUGUAAAUUGAAUAUUUAUUUGAGUGCCUCGGCUAUUCGCGGGAAUGCUCCUCAGGACUAUCGAGAGUGCAUCCUGUUGCUUUCCAAGUACUCUUUCAUGAACGAGUUUUUGGAGCUCUUGGGUUCUGGCUGCUUCUGUUAUUAGUGAGUAACAUGUGGCCGCAGGAUUUUCUUGUCUUCGCCACCCUGACGACUAUCACGAGGGCUGCGUCAGUGGGCCUCGAACUUGGAGACUAUGAGCUUCUUGGUGAUACUGAGGAGAAAAGUGAUGGGGAUUAUGGACCAACAGGUGGUCGCGAGGUCACAUGCUACUGCAACCAACCAGAGUGCGUACCGCAGGGCUACAUGUGCCGUGGAAGAGGAUGCUUUACGGAAUUGCCGUCCAGUACCGGUCCACUGGUGGUAAGACCUGAGCACAGUGUCUACAAUGGCUGUCUCGAGGAGAGCUUCAAGGAGAAACAGUGUCCUCCAGGCUUCUUGUGCUGCGAUCAGGAUCUUUGUAAUCAUGUCGACAGUCCGGCUGUUAUGAAUAGGCUCAAUAAGACACUUCAAGUUCUAGUCGGUGAUCAAAGGGCAUUUCUGGGGCCGAUCCAGCCAACGGAGCAGACCUCUCGAACGGCAGAUGGUUGGUUCAAGACAGCGACCAUAGCAGUCCCCAUAUGCGGCUUAAUCGUUCUCCUCAUUCUCGCGAGUCUCGCGAUAAGACUUCUCCAGCCCUUGCCGUCGCAAUCCGAUAAAUUGGGGCCCCACAGGACACCCGACAACGCUCCACCACUUCUGGGCUCCCCAAAAGUGCCUCUCGUUUGAUUGAACCGAGGGGACAGAAAAUUCUAAUGGAUCUGAAGAAAUAUCCAAAGACUUCAUGACGGCCUAAACCCGCGAACAUUCGGUGGUUUACGGAAGACUUAAUAAUUAAAAAAAAAAGAAGAAAGAUAUUGAAAAAAAUCUGGAGAACCCCGAGGCUCCUUGUGGCUGUGAAUUUAAUGAGAAAUGGAAAAAAAAACCACUGAAUUAAUCACUUAUUGUAAAUUAAUUAAUCUUAUUAUCUCGCAUUUCCCUCGAGGCCGGUUCCGAGUGAACAUUCUUCACACUGGGAGAAAAAUUAUUUUAAGUAUUGUGUACUUGAAACUAGUUCAAUGCGAAUCAAUUGUCUACUAAAUGCGAAUUGAGUAGCGAAGAUAUUUAUAACAAUCAAGAUGGACAAUACAAUGCUUUUUUAUAUCGUACAUGGCAUUCUCUUGACAAAACUCAUUUUUUUCUACCAGUGCAUUGUCCUUUCGGAGGACUGGAGAAUUGGAAUCUGCGAGGAGAUUUUUUUCUUAUCGUUUUAGGAUUUUUAAUAUAUUUCUAGGGCGAGGACGAGACGACUUUUGUCGGCCCUUCUUUAUCUUCCUUUACUAUGAAAUUGUACAUAUUUAAAUAGCCUUAAGAAUGUUUUUUGUAUUUUGUUUUUAAGCACCGCGCACUUUUUUCCGAAAAGACCUCUGGAGAAUUUCCAUUUCUUAAGGGGACGUUUCUGAUUUCUCACUCACGUUUUAUCAUCACCUUUUGAUUGCAAUGAUUUCACGCGUUAAGUUUAUCGGUGGGAGAUGAGGGUGCUUGUCAAUUCGAUAUCACUAAGUGCCAAAAGAUUUAAGGGGAAGAAUUAUUGUUUGGAAAUGGUGUGAGGGAGCCCUUGCUUUUUUUAAACUUUUAAUGAAUACUCCGAAGGAUCAUUAAAAAAGUUUUAAUUAAUUUGCUCGUAAUAAACGAAAUAAAUCGUUUUUACGCUAUGAAUACUUCAGAAAGCAAAGCGGCAAUUUUUUAUGUUUUCUUUUUCCUUUCCAAUCUUUUGCUUUAUUAUUCGCUUGUUGAACUAAAUUCAUAAAUUAUUUAUUAAAUAUCCAUUUCAGAAUCAAUAAUCAUUCGAAAUCGUUCUGUAACUUGUUUUAUUGUGAAGAAAAUGAGUCUUCAAUGAUAUUUACAACAUAAACUCUUAAUAUUCAAAAAUCACUAAUUCUUUCCCUCAAAAAUGAACUGAAAUCCAUUUCUAUCAAUCAAAAACAAAUGUGAAUCCCUCUGCGCACGUGUAAUCGUAUUCCAUAUAAUAUCCCGAAAUAUUAUAUUGUGAUAAAUUAGUGUAAACCGAGAAGGAAAAAGCCAGAAAAUGAUUAAAAAAAAAAAUAAAAUGAAACAAAUUUUUAA